AUGACAGUUCAAAUACAGUUGCUCCAGACCAGUCAGCAGACCCAGCAGAACAGCACAGACAGAGCCAACAGCCUCCAGGUCUUCAUGAGGGUCCUGGCCAGCAGGAAUGGUAACCUAGCAACCAGUGCAGAGGGCGCCAGGAGUGCCAUCACCCAGGCACAGGAGGCCAUGUUGCUUGCCCUGGGGAAUGUGAGCCAGUACCAGGAUAUAGUAAUGGACAGCCAGACACUGACCACCAGGGCGCAGCUACUGAAGGAGGAGGCAGAGGCGUUGAACUUUGAGGCUAACCAGGCAACUGCCAACAACCAGACAAUAGUGGCCCUGGUGAAGGAGGCGGAGCUGUACACGGCUGGCCUGACAGACAGGGUGGUCGCCCUCAGACAGCAGGCAGAGAACCUGCUGGCCCGCGCCAGGACGGCGUAUAACCUGACAGCCAGUGGGAAGGCACUGGAGGGGAAGACUUUUACUGAUGCACAGAGGAUGCUGCAGAUUAUGAGGGAGUUUGACGCUCAAGCUGCUGGUGUUUCAGCAGCGGCUAACAGGUCACUCCUAGAGGUCCAGAAGGUCAAGGCCCUGAGUGACCAGGCCAUCCAGAAUGCCGAGGUCCUGAGAUCAUCACUCCAGCCCACACAGGCCUUUGCACAGAAUGCCCGGACAACAGCAGAACAGGCCAAGAGUACAGCUCAGAGCCAGGAGCAGACUCUGGCUCCUGUGAGAAGCAAAGCUAUGGACCUGGAAACCCAUGCUAACAGCCAGCUCAAUAAUCUGCCUGCCACAUUCAGCAGAGUGGGGACAGCCAAUACCAGUCUGGUGCAGCCAGCAGUACAAGUGUGUCUAAACCUUUCGCCUCUUCUGCUCAACGUCCAGUCUCGCACCUCCACUGCCUAUCAGAGAGCUCAGUUGGCCUCGCAACGGACCAACACCACCAGGACGAGGCUAUCAAACAUACAGACCAACCUGAACAACAUUGCUAGUCUGAAUUUACAGCAGAUUGCGUCCCUGAAGGCGGAGAUUAGCCAGCGGAGAUCAGAGCUGAAUGCUGACGAGUUGCACCAGAUGGUGGCUGUGUUGUUACAGACUAGCAAGGACCAGAGGGCAUGGCUGGAGGAGGCCAAACUCAAGAGAAAUCAGAUGAGGGCACAGAUUGAAGAACUUAAGAAAUUUAGUGAGAUGAUAAGGACAACAUAAGAUUCAUUAAUCUUUAGAGUAACGAGGAAGUGUGAGCAGAAGCGAAGGAGUAGAUUUUAUGCUCCCUGAAUUAAUUGAAAUGAUAGUUGAAAUAAAGAGAAGGCAGAAUGAAUGAUUUAUUGGGAAUUUUAGAAUUUCAAGGAAAAUUCUUUUUUUUUUUUUGGAGAAUAUUCCCCUUUCCUCAAGUAAAAAAAGCUUUGAAAUUCUAUGUUUAUAGGGAAUCUAAGAGAAAUCGACUAAAAAUGCAAACAUCAACUAUUGCUAAAAUUUCACAUACUUACACAUUGUUGUUUUUCACCAUAACGAGUGACAAUCAAAAGAGAUGUAAAAUAUUUUGAUAUUUAUAUUGUAAAUAAAACAUUUACCACAGGAAUUUAUGAAAGUGAGAUAAUAUUUAAUGCUUCAUAUCACUAUGGAAUAUUAUGUUUCUGGUAUAGGUUUGGGUUUUGCUACACCCACUAUUUAUAUGUUAUCAUCCUGAAUUUUUUUAAUAGGGACUGCCUGUUUAUUUUAUUACCCUUUUUGUACA